AUGACCGUUUCUCCAGUUCCAUCUAAAGCUCAGUUCGUGAAACAAGCCUGUGAAGCAUUACUCAAGAAACAGUUGUGUUCGAUCCGGGAACUAGCCGAGGUGAUUGGUUACAUGGUAGCGUGCUUUCCCGGAGUUCGAUUAGGCCCCCUUAACUUCCGUCGCCUUGACAACGGCAAGUCACACGCUCUUCGAAACGCGAAAGGCAAUUUUGACAAGGUAUUAGAAGUCACCACAGAUCAAACGGCUGAUCUACAAUGGUGGGUAGAUAAUGUGUGUACAAGUAGCAAGCCGAUAAGUGUCGCACCUCCGGUAAUUACCCUGACCUCAGACGCGUCAGACACCGGGUGGGGUGGGGCCCGCGGGAAACAGUCCACCGGCGGCCGGUGGUCACGUGAUGAAACCGUUAAACAUAUAAACUACCUUGAGUUACUUGCGGCCUUCUUGACACUGCGGACAUUCUGUUCCCUAGAAUCCAGCUGUCAUGUGAAACUAAUGAUUGACAAUACCACGGCCGUCAGUUAUAUCAACAACAUGGGUGGUAAGAAACCACCACUUGACAGCCUCGCAAGAGACACUUGGCUAUGGGGUCUGCAGCGAGACUUGUGGUUAAGUGCGUGCCAUGUUCCGGGUAAAGACAAUGUGAUUGCGGAUCGAGAAUCUAGAAUAAUGAAAGACAAUACUGAGUGGUACAUCGUUGAUGAAGUGUUCAGUGAAAUAUGUAGGGUAUUUGGGAAACCUGACAUAGAUUUGUUUGCCUCAAGACUUAAUACUAGACUUGAAAAAUAUGCUUCUUGGAAGCCAGACCCAGAUGCAUGUGCCAUUGACUCUUUUACGUUUGCAUGGAAUACUCACUUCUACGCUUUCCCGCCUUUCAGCAUCCUGAAUGCAGUGAUAAAGAAAGUGGAAGAAGACCAAGCCAGAGGACUACUAGUGGCCCACACAACCAGUGUGGCCCACACAACCAUGGUUCUCCAGACUCCUCAGACUCCUCAUCCAUCCACCAGUCAUACUACCACCAGUCUCUCAGAUCCUACGCCUUCCACACAACAAGGAGGCGAGACACUCUCUCGACAGAAUGAAACUUGCAGUGUUUCCCUUAUCAGGCUAUCUCUUACACGGAGAGGAGUUUCGGACAGAGCUGCCAGUGUUAUCCUCCAAUCCUGGCGCAAAUCCACUAGAGACCAGUACUCCACAUACAUCAAGAGAUGGGUUGCGUUUUGUAAUCAAAGGGAAAUUGAUACGCUGUGUCCAUCUGUGACCGAGGUGUUAGAUUUUCUGACGGAACUCUAUGAGUUACACAACCUUGGUUACAGUGCACUUAACACAGCCAGAUCCGCUCUGUCCUGUGUUAUAUCAGCAGAUAACGUCACCAUUGGAUCUCAUUCUCUCAUUAACCGCUUCAUGAAGGGAGUUUUUCAGACUCGCCCCUCACUGCCCAGAAACUCAGUGACGUGGGAUACCAGUGUUGUUCUAGGUUAUCUUAAAACAUUGAUGCCUUUGAAGGAACUGUCGUUGAAAGAUUUGACACUUAAAACUGUGACUUUGAUUGCGCUAUUGUCAGGGCAGAGACUGCAAACUGUUCAUCUAUUAGAUGUUAGAGAUAUUAGCUUGUUCAGUAGUUGUUGUAAGUUCAGAGUUGGUAGCCUGAUCAAACAGUCGAGACCUGGGUCGCAUCAGGCGGAGAUCACUCUGCCGGCAUACACGCCGAACAGUAGUCUGUGUAUCGUUAGGGUAUUACAGGAAUACCUUGUCAGAACAGCUCCCAUGCGGAACGGUGAGAAUCAGCUUUUCAUUAGCUACACACAGCCGCAUAAGGCUGUAAGUAAAGAUACCGUGUCACGCUGGAUCAAGCAGGUGCUUCAGUUGAGUGGCAUAGACAUGAAUACGUUCACGCCACACAGUACAAGAAUGGCGUCGACUAGUGCCGCGUUACGACAUUCUGUGCCGCUUCAGACUAUACUGAAAACGGCAGGGUGGAGUAGUUCUGCGACUUUCUCCAAGUUCUACAACAAACCAGUGACUGACAAUACGUUCGCAUUGGCCAUCCUCGACAACAGCUGA